CCUCCAACAUGUGGGAAGAACUAAAGCGUGUUCUUCUCCUGAUUGGCAUAUAUUGGGCAUGUGCUUCAGCCAACAAGUGUCUUUCCGGGUGGCUCGAGCACGACUCCAGCUGCUACAAGAAGGAGGUGAAGCCCAACGGUUGGCUGGGGGCCCGGCACCACUGCGUCUGGCAGGGCGGCGACCUGCUCUCCAUCACCACCUCGGCCGAGGAGGACUUUGUGAAGGGCACCAUGGGCGAGGACACCCGCUUCUGGCUGGGACUCUCCAACCAGAAAUGCGACAAGUUCUGGUGUCGCUUUGAAGGCGGGAGCCAGAAGCUGACCUGGUCCGAUGGCGAGACAAUGAAUCACGCCAACUGGGCCUCAAAUCAACUCGAAAGCGCCGACGUUGCAUCCUGCGCCUACGUCAACCAAGGGGGAAGGGGUGAGCCCGGCCAGUGGCGGACUGGCUCCUGUCUUUCCUCGUUGGCCUACAUGUGCAAACGGCCGCUGAACUGCCCGAAGUGUUCGCCCAAAAGUGGUCCUGCUGUAGUGACGACCUCCGACUGCCACGACAACACCUUCCACUAUGGCGAUUAUUGUUAUCGUUACGAGACGACGCUUAAAACCUUUGACAUUGCUGAGAAGUUCUGUCUUUCCCGGGGAGGCCACCUGGCUAGCGUCCACUCCAAGAAAGAGGCCCAAUUUGUGCAUGAUCACUCGCGGACCUCACAAUCUGCUUUCGUGGGACUCAAGAAGACGACGGGCGACGACUACGGGUGGAAUGAGCUGGGAAAGUCCAAAUUUGAGCAGGGUAAAAAAAAGUGGAGAAAUGCCGCUCGAGGCUUCAACGAUUGGAUUGUUUUGGAGGGGAAAUGGGUAAACCUUGGGCGCGAGUGA